AUGUUUAGAAAUAAACCGAAUUCACUUGAUCAGUUCUUUCUUCCUAAACAAAAGAAAGAAUCAACAAUAACUAAUAAUGUAGAAGCUCAAAAAGAAAAAUCACCACAAGAGAUAAGACCAACUUAUAUUCCAUUAGCUGAAAAACAACGACCAAAAAAUUUAGAAGAGAUAAUUGGACAAGAAGAUGUCCUUGCAAUUGGAACGCCUUUUAAUACAAUGAUUAAAAAUGAUAAGAUUCAAUCCACUAUUCUCUACGGACCUCCUGGCUGUGGUAAAACAACAAUUGCAGGUAUUAUUAAAAAUAAUAGUAAAUCCACAUUUGUCUCCAUGUCUGCCGCUACAAGUAAAAAAGAAGAUUUUAAGAAAGUACUUAAUGAUGCUAAACACCGGAAACGUCUGGGAAUGAACACUAUUUUAUUUCUUGAUGAGAUCCAUAGUUUAAACAGAUUGCAACAAGACACAUUUUUACCUGCUAUAGAAAGUGGAACUAUUAUUCUUAUUGGUGCAACUACUGAAAACCCAUCAUUUGAAUUAAACAAUGCUUUAAUGAGUCGUUGUCAACUUGUGACAUUAAAGAAAUUAACUGAUGAAAAUGUCGUUAAAAUAUUGAGAAAGGCUAUUGAUGAGGAAUAUUAUUAUUCAAAGAUUGAUAUUGAUAAUGAAGGACUUCAUUUUAUUGCAGCUAUUUCUGAUGGAGAUGCAAGAAAUGCAUUAAACACAUUAGAAAAAGUGUUUGUUCACUAUAACCUCAUGAAUGAAAAGGUUUUAAAAAAUGAAAUUAAUGAAAAAGGUGGAAUAGAUAUUGAGGUAAAAGAACUAGAAGAAAAAGUUAAGAAAGGAGAGAUUAAAGUAUUAAGAAUUAAUGGAAAAAUUGUCUCUAUUAUUGAUAAUAAAAACGAAAAACAAAAAAUAGAAGAAGUUGAGAAAGAGAUAGACAAAACAGAUUCAGUCAUAACUAUUUCUGAUGAGAUUAGUGAUGUAGUUAUGAUUCAACCAGAACCAAAAGAUACAAUUCAAAAAGAAAGAGAUGCUCAUGAUGAAAAUAAUAACUCUAAUAUAACAAAAAUAACUAAACCAAAUGAAAACUUAGAAAUUAAAAAAGAAGAGAAAAAGUAUAUUUUAACAUAUAAACUUAUUGAAAAUUAUUUACAAAGAAUUAUUUACCAACCUAAAAAUCAAGGAGAAGAUCAUUUCAAGGUUUUAAGUGCUUUUCAAAAAAGUAUCACUCAUUCAGAUGAAGAAGCAACAAUAUAUUGGUUACAAAGAUUGAUAGAAAUGGGAGAAAAUCCAAAGUAUAUAGUGAGAAGAAUGAUUAAAAUAUCUAGUGAAGAUAUUGGACUUGCAGAUGUAGAGGCAUUAAACAUUGCGAUUAAAACUUUUCAAAUUGUUUCUUCUUUAGGAUAUCCAGAAGCAGAUACUGCAUUAUAUGAAUGUGCUCUAUAUUUAGCUAGAGCACCAAAGUCAUGUGCAGUCUUUGAAACAAUGAAAUAUACUGAAGAAAUUAUAAAACAGACGGGUUCGUUACCAGUCCCACUUCAUAUCAGAAAUGCACCUACUUCGUUAAUGGAGAGUAUGGGAUAUUCUAUUGGUUAUAAAUAUCCACCAAAUUAUAAUGAAGUUUUAGAUCAGACUUAUCUCCCAGAAAAACUAAUUAACACAAAACUAGUUUUUUAUGACCGUUUUGUUAAGCCUAUUAAUAAAGAUGAUAUUAUAAUGAAGACAGAAGAAAAUGAUAUAAAUUCUGUAGAAAUUCAACGAAGUUAUCAAUUUAGAAAUUUUGAUGUCGAUUAUUACAAAGAUACAAAAGAUAUAACUCAAAUUGUUAAUAAUUAA